AUGACUGGGAAACGACCACCAAGCCCGGGUCUUAUACCAAACCCAUUCAUCAAGAAACGAAACCUUGAAUGGUCUCUGGACUCAACAUCGCCUUCAAAAUCAAGACCACCAACAACCGCUGAAAUAGAGUCCGGCUCAGCUACUGUAGAUGACCACCUUUCUCAUUUUAAGAGCCAUCUCUCAAAACGUAUAAUCUCUCCAACGGCAGUGUCGAUAUCUAGAUAUGCGUCACUAUACACCGCAAACGCUGGGAGUCUUCAGGGCGCUCAUUUUGUCAUCCAUCAGCAUGACCAUCCUGUUGCAGGCACCCACUAUGAUCUCCGCCUCCAAAUCAACGAGACGAGUAGUGUUAGUUGGGCCAUUAUGUAUGGACUUCCAGGUGACCCAAACUCUACGCGGUUGAAUAGGAACGCAACCGAGACACGAAUACACUGCCUAUGGAACCACCUUAUAGAAACCGCUUCAAAUUCAACUGGUUCUCUUCUCAUCUGGGACACGGGAACUUAUAGUAUCCUACCGCGAAAAAGUAAACACUCACCAUCCGAAGAUCCAUCGUCACCGCCAUCGUCACCAGCAUCAUCCUCUACAUCAACACCACAAGCCCUUCUACAUGAAGCUUUUCAGGCCCGAAAAAUCCGUAUCCGCUUGCACGGAUCUCGCUUACCUGAAACUUACGUCUUGGACCUUCGCUUGACCAAGCCGGAAGAUAUUGCUUGUAGAGGGAAAAGUGGGAGGACGCCUCGGAAACGAAGAAGUUCCCGCACGCGAACCCAGACACAUCCUGGGGCGAGUGAUGAGGGUGAGAAUGAAUUUGAUGGGAGUGAGGAUGUCCCUGCGAGCGCUGAUGUAGACGCCAACGCAGGAAGCCUCUCGGCCAUGGAGCGUGAGAUACGCGAACUAGAAGACGAAGAGGUACGCAAGACGAAUGCAUAUCCAGGGGCUUCCAAUACCAUCGGCAGCAUACACCAACGACGAUGGUAUGUUUCUUUAGAUCGCCUGGCCUGUGGGUUUUUUGAGAAGCGAACUAAAGGCCGUUCAGUCUGGGAACCAGAGGACUCCACGAGAACGGAGAACCAAGAGCUUGAAAAUGUGUGCUUGUCAUAUCCAUUCUAUGUCCGCGGAUCGGACCAUGAGCGCAGUGUUGUGACAGGACGGCGAGGCGCCGACAUCCUCCAAGAUGAGGGCGUUGAACACUUUGUUCAGCGUAAAGGUUGGAAACCAGUAUUAAACUAA